GAAAAAAUAGAAAAUAAAUUGGUGCUUGGCUUUUUUUUCCCCUCUUCUUCCUGAAUCCUUUUUGUUUUUUGGGGGUGGGGAAGAAAGGAAGGAAAAGAGAGAGAGAGGAAGUAAAGAGAGGCAAAAAAAAACAGUGGAUGAACAGAGAGUGAGAUUCUGGGGAGGUGUCCAAGUAUGGCGCCGAGGGGCUGGGACAUGCGGGCAGCCAUGACACCAGGAAAUGGCGGCGUCCUUCAUUCUCCAUACUCCAGGAUGGUGUCUAGAAAGCGCUUCAUCCGCCAUCUCUGCCAAGUGUGAAAGCGAGACCAAAGCGUGCAAAAUGAUCCUCAUGACAUUUUCAUCCAUUCGCCAAAUGAUGAUGGGUGGACUAGUCGUUAUUCUCUUGGUGACCAUUUGCAUCAAUGUGGCAUUCAUCUUUGACACCAGCAGGAGACUGCAAAAUCAACAGCAGCAACAACAAAGUUUGACAUUCUCUGGAUUUGGUGGAGAAGAAUCAUCAGCCAACAACAGAAGACAUGCAGGCCUGAGGCUUCAGGAGCUCACCAAACCCAAGUCAAUAGCUGUGGAAGUUUUGUCCAGCCAGACAAAAGUGUCUGUUUCUGUGGAUGGAAAUACAAUUUUUGAAGCAGGAGAAGAAGCGAGAAACAGGGGAAUUCAUGUGUUGGUGCUGAACCAAGGAACAGGGGCUGUGAUGGCCCAAAGAGUGUUUGACACUUACUCUCCUCAUGAGGAUGAUGCCAUGACACUUUUUGUGAACAUGGUGUCAGAUGGACGCAUUCUGGUCUUUGCUGUCAAGGAUGAGGGUACCUUUCAAAUGAAGGCAGGGGCCAGGAGUCUAUUGGCAAAGCUGGGCAGUCAAAAGUCAGUAGAGUUGGGCUGGAGGGACAUGUGGGCCAUGGUGACCCAAAAGGGGGGCAAAAUGUUUGGUGAGGCAUACUCCAAGUCCCCAGGCUUCAACAAGUGGGGACCCCCAACUUGGCUCAGAGUUGAUGUGCCUUUGCACUCCAUUGAAGACACUCUCAGAAAAAAACAGUGUAAUUUUUUGCGCUCUUUUCUCUCCGUGUCAAAACUUCAGCUUGCAAACAACAGGGUGGAGAAAGUUCCUGUGGCAAUUAUUGCCAGCAACAGACCACACUACUUAUACAGAAUGUUGAGGUCCUUGUUGGCAGCCAAAGGAGCCAAUCCAGAAAUGAUCACCGUGUUUAUCGAUGGCUACUUUGAAGAACCUUUGGCAGUUGCGAGGCUUUUUGGCCUGCGUGGAAUUCAACACACGCCAUUAGGGACAAAGUCCGGGAGGAUUUCACAGCAUUACAAAGCAUCUCUCACAGCGACUUUCAACAUUCAUCCUCGCGCUGAUUUUGCAAUUAUUCUGGAGGAGGACCUGGACAUUUCUCCAGAUUUCUUCAGCUAUUUCAGCCAACUGGCCCCACUUCUGCUGGAGGAUGAUUCAAUAUGGUGCAUAUCAGCCUGGAAUGACAACAGCUAUGAGCACACAUCCAAAGACCCCAGUUUGUUGUACAGGGUAGAAGGGAUGCCAGGACUUGGCUGGAUGCUGCAAAGGACCCUGUAUCAGAAAGAGCUUGAACCCAGGUGGCCUGGGCCAGAAAAAGUCUGGGACUGGGACAUGUGGAUGAGGCUUCCAGAGGUGCGCAAGGACAGGGAAUGCAUUUCUCCAGAUGUUUCCAGAACUUAUCAUUUUGGAGCAUCUGGACUCAACAUGAACUCAUACUUCCAUGAUGCCUAUUUCAAGAAACAUUCUGCCAAUAAUUUGCCUGAUGUGGCGCUCAAGGAUAUCUCCAGUGGAGUACAGGAAGCAGUUUUACAUGUUUCAUAUGCUUAUGUUUUGAAUAGACUGAAGAAAGUGGAUUAUGAAGAGGUGAUUCAAGAAUUACUCUCAAGAGCGGAUUUUGUGAACCACACUUUGUCGCCUUGUGAUGAAAACUUUGUUCCAACUUCUGCAGCAGGAGAGGGAAAAACUUUUGUAGCCUUCAUAAAAAUGGAGAAUGAAAAGGAUUUUACCACUUGGCUGCAAGUGGCAAAGUGCUUUAAGAUUUGGGAUCUCGAUGCCAGGGGGUAUCACAAAGGAUCCUGGAGGCUUCAUGUGAAUGGAAGCCAUGUGCUCAUUGUUGGCACGCCGUUUUCUCCAUAUUCGAAACACAAGCCCAGGAAUUUGGAGCCAAUCCACUUGGAGCCAAAAGGAACCAAACGGUGAAGCAAUGGGCAAGAAGAUAUUUCUGGCUCUGGUCGGCAGAAAGUCGUGAUAUUUGCACACCCCUUUUGUGAUACCAAUGAAGAAGUUUUUUCUUCUUCCUCCACAUAGAGAAAGGUGAAAGAAAAAAGGCUGGGAAUUUUUUGUACCAACCCCUCGUUUUUUGUUUGUUCGCAAUUCGAAGGGAAGAAUCCUCAUAUACUUGGGGGGAGUUUGACUCAUGUCCUGACAAAACUUUUUUGAAAAGGGAAUAUUUUUAUUUUCUCUUCUGUGGGGAGUGAAGAAAAAAGAUGGAUUUUGUCUUCCUGGUGCAAACGCGCGGAAAAUAUUUAAUCUUGAACCCUUUUACUCUUCACUUCUGUGUUCCUCUGACUGACCCUUGAAAGGGGGAUUUGUGAUGAAUUCUCCUUUGUGAAAAAGGCAUUCGGUUUUCGUUUUUUAAACUAUUUGCUUUUUCUUAUUUUGUGCCAUGACAUGAAACUGUGUCCUCUCCAUCAAACCUUUUUUUUUGUGAAUUUGAAAAAGAAUGGCUCUUGAAUAAUGAAACCUUGUUCCCGCCAGGGAUUCCAUGAGAUUUCAUUCGACUGAAAGUGAGGAAAUGAAGAAUUUCUGUCAAA